CUUACCCUGGUGCGGUUUCUUUUCAGAUGCAGAGGUGUGCAGGUUUCCUGUUUCUGUCUUUAAUCCUUUGUGCCGCCCUGUCAGAAACAUUUGGACUGGUUUUGUCUGCAAAAGAAAAAAGGGGCUGGACUUUGAACAGUGCUGGUUACCUACUUGGGCCACAUGCAGUAGAUAACCACAGAUCUUUUAAUGACAAACAUGGUUUCACUGGUAAACGUGAAAUACAGCCUGAUGAGGAUAUAAAAGCAGGAAAUCUUGGAAGACCACUGGCUGACGAAAACAUUGUGCGCACAGUAAUCGAAUUUUUGACUUACUUGCAUCUUAAAGAGGUGGGAGCACUUGACAAUUUAUCUUCACCAGAGGAAACAAACCAGUCUUGAAGAAGAAAACAUUUUUAUUUUGUUGUAGUGCAAAUUUGACUCAAUUCUAAACAAAAGAUCCAGAAGAACAGAAGACGAGAUGUGUCGUUUUCAUUAAUCUGAGAAAUGGUAAAUGAUGUUCUGCCUCUUUGGUUUUGUUUUUCUCU